UAAGCCGUCUCCGGACUCGUAUGUCUGUCGUAGGCGGGUGUUACGUUUGUAGGUGCGCAGCUGCGGGUGUCCGGUCGCUCCCCUCGACAGACUCGACGUAUUAUUAUUUCGUUCUCGACCGCAAGACGAGGCUUCAGCGGCUUUGCGCUGCUCGACAUGGCGAGCGAGUCGCGAUGUCCGCCCAGCAGAUAGCGCGCGUGCGGAAGGUGUGAUAGCGGGACGAGUGUUGGAAGCGGACGCGGUCGUGGAGUGGGCGGGAAGGGAGUAGUAGGACGUUGACGACGUCUACGAGUUGCGAGUGCGAUUGCGACUACGCCGAUUGCCGCCGUACUGCCGUAGUACACUAUUACCAGGUCUACGAGACGAGUACGGAGAUCGAACGAAAUUUAAAAAUCGGGAGGUGCGACGACGACGACGACGAACGCUUUCGUGUGCGCUGAAAUCCGCCGCCAUGUCUACCGCGGCCGCCGUUGCGCACUGACGCAGAGUGACACCCCAUCGGCACCGACCCGGCGGAGCGUCCGGUCCGGACAGAGCGGAGAGAGCCGGUGACUGACUCGCCACUUGUUUCUCUCGAAUGACUCCGUCACGCCGAUACCGCCAGCAGGUUUUGACAAACUAGAUGUAAAGUACACGACUGUCAAACACUUAUUUCCACGACCGUAAUCAUGCCGGCCGUCAGAGGAGAUGGUAUGCGGGGAUUGGCCGUAUUCAUUUCAGACAUCAGAAAUUGUAAAAGUAAAGAGGCUGAAAUAAAGAGAAUCAAUAAAGAAUUAGCCAAUAUUAGAAGCAAGUUCAAAGGUGACAAGACAUUAGACGGAUAUCAAAAAAAGAAAUAUGUUUGCAAGCUCUUAUUCAUAUUUCUACUAGGCCAUGAUAUCGAUUUUGGCCAUAUGGAGGCUGUCAACUUAUUAUCUUCCAAUAAAUAUUCUGAAAAACAAAUUGGUUAUUUGUUUAUUUCAGUAUUAGUAAAUACUAAUAGUGAUUUAAUAAAACUUAUUAAUCAAAGUAUUAAAAAUGAUCUGCAAUCUCGGAAUUCUAUCCAUGUAAAUUUAGCAAUGCAGUGUAUUGCUAAUAUCGGUAGUAGAGAUAUGGCCGAAGCAUUUGGUUAUGAUAUACCAAAGCUGUUGGUUUCAGGAGACACAAUGGACGUGGUCAAACAGUCAGCAGCAUUAUGUUUUCUACGACUUUUACGUACUAACCCUGAUGUCAUACCCAUAGAUUCAAAUGGUGCCAGUGAGUGGACAUCAAGAAUUGUUCACCUGUUAAAUGAUCAACAUUUGGGUGUAGUCACAGCUGCAGUUUCUCUGAUUGAUGCACUUGUAAAACGAAAUCCAAAAGAAUAUAAAGCUUGUGUCAGUUUUGCAGUUUCUAGGCUAUCCAGGAUUGUGACUGCUAGUUAUACAGAUCUUCAAGAUUAUACUUAUUACUUCGUCCCAGCUCCAUGGUUGUCUGUUAAAUUACUUAGACUUUUACAAAAUUAUUCAACUCCGGAAGAUGCAGGUGUGAGGGUUAGAUUGAACGAAUGUUUGGAGGCUAUUUUAAACAAAGCACAAGAUGCUCCAAAAUCAAAAAAAGUGCAACAUUCCAAUGCUAAAAACGCUGUAUUAUUUGAAGCAAUUAGUUUGAUUAUUCACAACGAUAGCGAACCAAAUUUACUUGUGAGAGCUUGUAAUCAGCUGGGUCAAUUUUUAUCUAACCGAGAAACAAAUCUGAGAUAUUUAGCUUUGGAGUCCAUGUGCCUUUUGGCUAAUUCUGAGUUUUCACACGAAGCUGUCAAAAAACAUCAAGAAGUUGUUAUAUUAUCAAUGAAAAUGGAAAAAGAUGUUUCAGUUAGACAACAAGCUGUCGAUUUACUUUAUGCUAUGUGUGACAAGUCAAAUUCUGAGGAAAUAGUUCAGGAAAUGUUGAAUUACUUAGAAACUGCUGACUAUUCAAUAAGAGAAGAAAUGGUAUUGAAGGUAGCUAUAUUGGCUGAAAAAUAUGCAACUGAUUACACGUGGUAUGUGGAUGUUAUACUAAAUUUAAUUAGGAUAGCUGGAGAUUAUGUUUCUGAAGAAGUUUGGUAUCGUGUUAUUCAAAUUGUAAUUAAUAGAGAUGAUGUACAAGGUUAUGCUGCCAAAACUGUAUUUGAGGCAUUACAAGCACCUGCUUGUCACGAGAAUAUGGUAAAAGUCGGUGGUUACAUCCUUGGAGAGUUUGGUAAUUUGAUUGCUGGUGAUACUCGAUCUGCACCAAAUGUCCAGUUUCAAUUAUUACAUUCCAAGUAUCAUUUAUGCUCACCAAUGACUCGAGCAUUAUUACUGUCAACAUAUGUAAAAUUCAUUAACUUGUUCCCUGAAGUAAAAACUACAAUCCAGGAAAUUCUUAAGCAAGAUAGUAAUUUACGAAGUGCUGAUGCUGAAUUACAACAACGAGCUUCUGAGUAUUUGCAACUGUCAAAAAUUGUAUCGACAGAUGUUUUGGCUACAGUUUUGGAAGAGAUGCCAUCUUUCCCAGAACGUGAAUCAUCAAUAUUGGCUGUCCUAAAAAAGAAGAAACCGGGUCGAGUGCCAGAAACUGAAACGUUAGAAAACCAUAGUCCCCAACCUUCUCCAAUAAGUCAUCAAAAUAAUCAUGUUAAUAAUCACACCAAUUCCAACAGCAAUUCUGCAGAUCUGCUAGGUUUAUCAACACCAGUAGCAUCUACAACACAUACAAGUAACGCCAAUGUUUUAGUUGAUGUCUUGGGAGAUUUAUAUGGUGGCGGAGGAUCCACGGGUUCAAACUCAUUGAGUGCCAGUCAAAAUAAUUAUAAUCCAAAAAAAUUCAUAUGUAAAAACAAUGGAGUACUAUUUGAAAGUGAAUUAAUUCAAGUUGGUGUGAAAUGUGAGUUUAAAAGAAAUUUGGGACGUUUAGGUCUGUUUUAUGGCAACAAAACUACAAUUCCACUGCAGAAUUUUGCUACAGUAUUAUCUAGUCCACAUCUUUGGGUCACUAAAUUAGCUAUACAAAUUAAGCCUAUUGAGCCAGUUCUGGAAGCUGGGGCUCAAAUACAACAAUUGGCAAUUAUUGAAUGUGUAGAAGAAUACGCAGACACACCUGUUAUAAAUGUUUCAUUUGUGUACAAUGGAGUACCACAAAAUGUUUCCGUGAAGCUACCAGUGACUUUAAAUAAAUUUUUUGAACCAACUGAAAUGAACAGUGAGUCUUUCUUUGCUCGGUGGAAGAAUCUUGGCAGUAAUCACGAUCCUCAAAAGUCUCAAAAAAUCUUCAAGGCAUCACAGCCAAUGGAUCAAGUAUCAACAAGGACAAAACUAUCUGGAUUUGGUAUGCAAUUACUAGAUGGCAUUGAUCCAAAUCCUGACAAUUUUGUUUGUGCUGGUAUUGUUCAUACAAAAACACAACAGAUUGGAUGUUUGCUACGUUUAGAACCCAAUAAACAAGCUCAGAUGUAUCGUUUGACGGUAAGGUCCAGCAAAGAACCUGUAUCCAUUGAAAUUUGUGAUCUUUUGGCUGACCAGUUUUGAAACUCUGGUAAUAACUAAUAGUCGUGUAAAAACACCAUGGAAUAUUAUUUUUUUUGUGAUUUUGAAUUAUUGUUUUAUUUGCAUUAUGCACGCACACACUAGCCUCAUGUACGCAUACAAAUCUAAAAUCAUCUGUGAAUACACAUAAAUUAAAACGUUCUAAGUCUGAGAUCGUAUAGUUUAUUUUAUUAUAAUUUUUAUGUAAUUUAUUUAAUUGUUUUUCUUUUAAUGUAUUUUAAAUUGUAUGCGUACAUGUAUGUGGAUAACAAGUGUUGCCAAGACCCCAAAGAUGUUAAGUGGUAAAAUUAAAAAAUAUUUUUAUUUAUUUAUUAUGGAGAAUAAUUAAAAUGUAGGUUUCUUUUAUAUUAAUUUAUAAACAUCAUCAUUAUUUUUGUUUUCAAUUUUCCAAAACUGUAAUGAGUACACUACUACUGCUAUAGUACUAUUAUACUAGAGUAUUAUGUGUGAUGAUUCUCUUUCUUUUACUGUAAUCUUCUCAAAAUUCAAUAUCUGGAAAUUUAAUAAAAAAAAAGUUUCUUGACAUUAAUUUGAAUAAUAAAGUCCUGUUUUAUUUAUUAUUUUUUAUAAAAACUAGGUUAUAUAAUGUUUUAGAAGUUACCACAAAAACUUAAAGCAAAAUACAUUUAAAUAUGCUUGUUUUGUUAAAUUAGGAAAAGUUUGAUAAAAAAAAAAGAUCUUAAAGAGCAUUGUAAAUAUAUAUAUUAGAAUAGUAAAUAAAUUUGCUAAUAUAUAUAUCCUACACAGUUAUUGUGCAAACUAUAUCUUGUAAUAUAUAGAAACCUAGGUUUAUAUAAAUAUAAUUUAUACACAUCUAUAUAUGUAAUAUAUAUGUUACAAAUAUUGUUUUAGUCACUAGGCUAGUAUUUUAUUUAUUAUGCCAUUUUAAACUAUUACAUAAAAAUAAUAAUUAUGAGCCGCAUUUUCAACCUAAUUAGUUAAAAAAAAGUUGUAUUAAGUGGUGAUACUGGUUAAUAAUUAAAUUUAAAAACCGCAUUCGUUAAUUACCAUCACAAUAGAAGUAAUAAUCAAUUUUGUUUUGGAAAUUCUUUUAGUUCUAAAUAAUUGUUUCCGUUACACGAUCUAGUGGGUCUGGUUGAUAAUAUUAAUCACAAAAAAAUUAACUAUAAAUCAUUAAUCUCAUUUUUCAUUGAUGUGAUUUCUUCCUAAAUUGAGUAAAUAUGAAUAUGAUAUAAUAAAUUAUUUAUUUUAUUUUUAUUAAAAUAAAAAUAAAACCAAUAUUUUUGUAUCGUUUAACCAAUUGAUCUUCCCGGCCGUGUUAGUUCUCUCUACUCCUUGGAAUGCUCCAUCUUUUAUUAUAUUUAUUUUUUGGGUGUAACUAGAACCUAUAUAUAACACCAUCUUGUUAUGUACAAAGGAAAAUAUUUUCAUCAAAUGUUUUAAGUACCCUUAGAAUUGUAAUAAACCUUGACCUCAUAAAUUUAUGUUCGACCAUAGUUCAACUAUAGUAAAAUUAAACUAUACUUACUAAAUUAUAUUCACCUGAUAGUUCUUAUAAGGACAUAUUAUUAACUUAAAAUAACCUACUAGCUUUGCUAAUGAUAUAUUAUACAUAUAUUAUUAUUAUUAUUAUUAUUAUUAUUAUACCGUUAUUUUCUAAGUAUGACAAUAUAUUUAAUUACUAUUAUAUUAUCAUAUUUUAUAAACAAUUUAACUUAACAUGUGAUCCAUCCUUUUAUCCUAAUUAUUUAUUUUUAUUUUGUAUUCUAUUUUAUUAGACAACACUUUAAAAUUGUCUAAAAAAUAAUUCUCACUGAUAUAAUAUAUAUGAAAAAAAAAUUAUAAAUGUGACUAUUAGUAAUUAUUUAUUGUUAAUUUACAUUAUUUUAUACCUUGUUUUUUUUUUAUCUAUCUUUAUUUAAUUUAUUUCCAUGUAAUAAUCGAAGGUUGCAAUUUAUAAUUAUUGCAUUUCUUGAGCUUUAAAACAGUGGUUUGAAUAUAUAUAACUAGUAUUACUUCGUAGCUAAUAUAUUUCAAUGUUAUCAUAGACAAUACAAUAUAAUAUGAUAUAUAAAUAUAUUAGUCGAUAAUGAUUGGCUAUUGUAUGUUCUAGCUCUAGUACUUUUCUUAACUUGUUUUAUCACUUAUCAACAUCUCCAAAAAUAAAAAUAAAACACUGUGUUUACAGAGAAUAAUUACCCAUUUUUAAAUCAAAAGUGUAUCUUUUUGUGUUUAUUUUUCAAGUUAUAAAAUUGUAGAACUUUCAUAUCCAUUUUUAAUUGAACUCACUCGUUUUUUUCAAUACCAAUACAACUAUAUUUUCUACAUUUUAGCAUGUUUUCUUAAUUUUUUUGAUUUCUAUAAAUGUUUAAAAUACUUACCCAUUUUCAUGUCAACUGCAGUUCAAUGUCUUAAAUUUUUAAACGAAUUCUUUAAAAACGUUCUUGCAUUCCACUAGUUUUCCUAAUGGUUAAAAGAAAAAUCUACUAUUAAAGUUUCAACGCCAGAGCCAUGGUGUUGUUAACAAAUUACAGGGUUUAUUUUAUGAAUUUAGGACCAAAUUCUUUUUACUAAUAAUAUAAAUGACUUUUUUUCCUUUAUGAUAAAUCACAUGUCUCUAUUUUGACCCCUGUUAUUCACUUCAGAGAAAUCGCAAAAAGUUACUAGUAUACAUGUUUCUGGCAUUUUCCCAACUCAAGUACCAGAAAAUUGCUAAAAAAAAUGACAAUAAGUUUUACUUGAUUACUGCACCACAAGUUGUAAAGUUUGGUUGGGGAUUAGAAUUUCGAACUUACAAAAUUGUGUCAUAGUUUGAAAUUAAAACAGCACAAUAUGUGUUAUAAUAAUUCAAAUUGUGAGAAAUAACUUUUCGUCUCUGCUGUUGUACAGCAAUUGUUAAUUGUGCAUGUUAAUUCCUGUUGCAUGCGUAUAAAAAAUUAUAUAGGUAUAACGUGUGUCAUCAUAUCAUUUCUUAUUUUGUAUUACAUUUUGUUCAUUAGAUUUUGUAUAGUACCUACCUAAUAACAACCUAUAUUAAUAAUAUUUGAUUUAUUAUAUAUUUAUUUAUUGCAGCAGGGACUGAUAUAAGUAAAAUACUAUUUUAGUAAAAUUGAUAAAAUUAGUUGAGAAAAGUAUAUUGUGCUUGAAAAUGUAAAUAUACCUACUAUGGAUAUUAUCUACCUACGUGUUAUUAUUAUUUAUUUGUGUCAUGUUAAUCAUUAUGUUUGGUAGGCAUAAAAUCGGUACGUUUAUUUAUUUAUUUUGCUAAUUAUUGUCAUUUUUAUUGUUUUAUUUUUAUAUUAUUAUUAUAAUGUAUAAUUUGUUAGGUGACGACCAUAGUUUUCGUACUCUCGUCGUCUUUUGUAAAUCCAUAUUAUUAUUUGUCCAUUAUCGUCAUCUCUAAUAAACGUGUACUCAUAUAAAUCAGGCAGUUGGUAAUUUUGUGUACAUAAAUGAUGAAUUAAUACCUA